GACGACAUCAAGGGGCGGGGCUGAAACGGCCCAGGGGGCGGGCAUUUGAAAUCAGUGCUUUAGAGCAGACCUUGAACAUCAUCUUACGCUUUCGAGAGCCAGUUACUUAAUGUCUCUUCCGUCUUUCCCUUCCCCAACCCCCCCUCCCAGACUCCUUCAUUCCGGCACUGCGUGGAUGGAAAACCCGGUGUAGCCGACACCACAUCCAUGGCUAGCGGGAGAGAGCGUGCAAAGGGAUUUCACCAAACAGUUUAAAUCCAACGAUUCUGUUUCCAUCCUUUCUCCUGAGCUAGAGCCAACAAGCCUAGAAAACUAGGCUGCGGAAACACUAGUGUUUUCAUUUAAUUGGAUAUGAAGAAAGAACAAAUAUGUGCGGGGGCAACCACGAUCUUUAUAAAGAACAUAAGUUCCAGGAAAGCAGGAAUCUUGUCUGUCUUGCUCACUGGUGUGUUCUCUGCAUAUAGAGCUGUGCCUGACACUUAAUAGGUGCUGAAUUUUGUAUUAGACACAGCACUCAUAUAUACUCAACUACAUCUGAGUCACCCACCCAAGUCUAGGCUAUUCAGUAGACCUCAAGGAGGUAGAGCCAGCCACCACCUGAGGAACAGUACCAAUUGCAGACUCACUGACCAUCAGAGCCUGGACAAAGCUGCCACCAACAGUGGAGUGCCCCUGGUGACACAGCAAGCCUAAAAGGGAUUAUUACCUUAUUUGCAAAAAACCUUAACUGGUGGAUCCUGCUACCUCCUAGAGACAGCAACUCAGAUUUUCAAAGGUGGACUUUUCUUCCAUCCUGAACCAUCUUGACUUAGCUAAACAUUGAAAAUUGGCUGCUUAUUAAAUUGAAACUAUGAAGUCUAAGGCCCAUCGUGCUCAGAAUCCAAAUUGCAGCAUAAUGGUAUUUCAUCCAACCAAAGAAGAGUUUAGUGAUUUUGAUAACUAUAUUGCUUACAUGGAAUCUCAGGGUGCACACCGGGGAGGCCUGGCCAAGGUCAUCCCACCCAAGGAGUGGAGGGCCAGACAGACCUAUGAUGACAUCGAUGACAUCUUAAUAACUCGCCCCCUCCAGCAGGUGGCCUAUGGCGGGGCAGGUGUCUUUACUCAAUUCCAUAAAAAGAACAAAGCCAUGACUCUGAGCGAGUAUCGCCAACUUGCCAACAGCACAAAAUACCAGACCCCACCGCACCUGAAUUUUGAAGAUUUAGAGCGAAAAUACUGGAAAAACCGUCUCUACGAUGCCCCAAUCUAUGGUGCUGAUAUCAGCGGCUCUCUGUUUGAUGAAAACACGGCACACUGGAACCUCAGGCGCCUGGGCACCAUUCAGGACCUGUUGGAGCAGGAAUGUGGUGUCGUCAUCGAGGGCGUCAACACGCCCUACCUGUACUUUGGCAUGUGGAAGACCACGUUCGCCUGGCACACGGAGGACAUGGACCUGUACAGCAUCAACUACCUGCACUUCGGGGAGCCCAAGACGUGGUACGCGGUGCCCCCGGAGCACGGGCGGCGCCUGGAGCGCCUGGCCGGGCAGCUGUUCCCGGGCAGUUCCCGCAGCUGCCAGGCCUUCCUGCGGCACAAGGUGGCCCUCAUCUCGCCCAGCGUCCUGCGGCAGAACGGCAUCCCCUUCCGCCGCAUCACUCAGCAGGCUGGCGAGUUCAUGGUGACCUUUCCUUACGGCUACCACGCGGGCUUCAACCACGGCUUCAACUGCGCCGAAGCCAUCAAUUUCGCCACCCCGCGCUGGAUCGACUAUGGCAAAGUGGCCUCCCAGUGCAGCUGCGGGGAGGCCAGGGUCACCUUUGACAUGGACCCCUUCGUUCGUAUCCUGCAACCCGAGCGCUACGAACUGUGGAAACGCGGGCAAGACCGUGGCGCUGUGGCCCUCCCGGAGCCCAUGGGCCAAACAAGCCAGGAUCCACACACUAGCCGGGAGCCAGGCACCAGCCAGCCGCUUCUCACCAGCCAGGGGCCAAGCCUCAGCCAGGAGCCACGCAGCAGUGAGGAACCUCACAGCAGCCAGGAGCUUCUCACCAGCCAGGGGCCAAGCCUCAGCCAGGAGCCAGGCACCAGUGAGGAGCCAUGCAGCAGCCAGAAAUCACGCCGCUGCCUGAAGCCGCGCCCCAGCCACGCGUUGUGCACCAGCCAGGAGCUGACGGCCUGUAGGCAGGAUCGCGGGCUCUGGAGGGCUGCCCUGGGCCUCAGGCAGCUUUCCUCGCCCCAGGCUAGGUCCACUGGGCCUGUGCCGGCCUCUGGUAGCACCCGUCGAGCUGCUCCUGUGGGCCCCGGAUCUCAGUUGGCUCUGGGCCGCAGCAGUGAUGUCACACUGCACACUGACCUUCGCAGGUCCAGGCAGCCCGACCUGGCCUGGUUACCGACUCCAGCUCUGUCUGCCGAGGCUGUGUGCCUGUCAGCUGCUAGACCUGGUCAUGGUAGUGGUCGGCGUCCUCGGCCACUGCAAGCUGAGGAGCCCAGCCUGGAGGUUCCACCCAAGAGGCGGCUGUUGUCCCCCUCUGCACACACCGAUGCUGGCGCCGAGGCUCCGCCCCUGCCCAGUGAUGGAGCUUCAGAGGUCAGUGCUACUCAGAGCCCUGAACGCCCGUUUCCUGCCAAGGCUUCGGGAUGUUGCUGCGCCCCGGAUCUUCAACCCUUGGGGCCCCUGCUGGAUCCCCAUGCCCCGAUGCACCCGGGCCCCUGCCUGCUCUCCUUGGACAGCAUCACCGUGGGUCUCCCUGACGUGGUGCCGCUGACUCCUCCCAGCACCAGCGUGCAGCCAUUCAGAAGCUUCUGCAGGGACACUGCUGGGGACUGGGCGUCUCCUGGGAAUCAGGCAGAGGAUGGGGUGGUGCGCCGCACUUGCGCCUCCAGAACCUUGGCUGCGUCUGUGCUUGUCCCCGGCCCUGGUGUGCCUGAUGCUAGUCCCCUCUGGCUCAAGCCACAGGGAGGCGCUUUCUGGUGGCAUGAGCCAAGUUCAGCACCAGUGAACGCUCUUCAGCCCCUGAGCCCUUGACCAUCUGCUCUGUGACUGUGCAGUGGCCCCUGACCCUCAGAACCUGUAAAGUUCCCAGCCACGGGAGCAUUCGUCCUGGCCUGUCCCCACUGGAGACCUAGUACCUGACUGGCAUUUCUGAUUUCUGCCUGUUAUGUAUUCCUCGUGCAAAGAGAAACGAGAACUCCUUGGCGUGUUUUUCAACUUAAAUUGUAUAUGAAGCAGAGUAGAUGA